AUGGGCUUUGAUGAUGUGCUGGACGACAGCACCUUUUUGCAAAGUAUGGGAAUCUUUCGAAAUAUGACACCCGAUUUCGAUAAGGCUACUACCGCACAGGCGGAGCAACACGGAAAUGGCGAUAGCAAAAGGAAGGGCACUGGAGGACAUUGCGACCAAACAUUUCUAGAUAACAAGUAUUGGAAACAUAAACGUAUGAUAUGGGCACGAGACUGGUCAUGGACAGACGAACCUGAAUUCGGUUGUAACAGUGGACAAAAGAUUAUGGAGGCACGGCUGCAGGUUUCACCGAAGCAGCACCUUGAAUUGCAGCAGCUCCGACAACAUAUACGAAGUUGUUUCGAAAAAAUGUUCAUGCGUAACGUAAAGGUCUCGGAUGCCCCAUUUAUGAUCAGCGGAGGGAACAUAUCCGAAUGCGCCAACUACGUUUAUCUGGGUCGAGAAACAAACAUGAAGAACGACCUGACCUCCGAGCUGGGGAGGAGGAAGCGAGCGGCUGGGGGAUUAUUCAAGAGCAUUGAGGAUGUAGUGAAGAGGACCCGGAACUCCGUGCUCACCGUGCUUACUGUGAGCGUCAUUCAACGCCUAAUCGAGAGGGUGAUGCAAGAAGUAUUCCGCUUCACACAAUUGAGGGAGAGAUUCGACGUCCUGACCUACGUCAGCAAUCGAGGACCAGAGACGCCGCCGCAUUUGCAAAUCAUAGCAAAAUAA